AUGGGAGACUACCAACCUGCAGAUGAUGAGAAAGUUCUAUUCUCGAAACGAGAGUAUUUCAACGUAGAGUUAGGGCACCAAAUCUGCGAACUCCGGCUCCUGGAUCCCUUGACUGGAGUCACCAAUAAAGACAUAAACGAACGCAAUGAGCUUAGCACAUACAUACCGCAUCCCCUCAGACUCAAUCGACUGUUGUCAGAAGAAGAGAUGGCCGCAAUCGACUAUACUUCUAUGAAAGAUGACUUACCGUUCUAUAUCCGGCCCAAACACCACACGGAACCUGGCAAUGUCAAGAACGCAACCACCGUCGUUACACAAAAAAAUCUCGUUCCCUAUGCAAGAUAUUAUUCAGCAAUUGCGACCGAGAAACUGGGAUUCCAUCCUAUUAUGGCAGCCUUCAGAGAGAAGCUGACCAGGCCAGGUACGGAGAAAAGAUUUCAUAGUGCUGUUGGCGCACGCACCGUUGAGGCUCAUGGGAAUGUUUAUGACCUCGGAUUUACUGUGCAGCAAGAGGCCAGGAAUAUUCAAACAUCCAAAGUUGCCAGGCUCGGGGACCCGGAAGUACGAUAUCUAAUCACAGAUAUUAUCCGUAUUGCCAUGGUGCUUUUGGAGAAAGCAUUUCCUGGUCGUGACUCCGAUAUACAGACUAGAAGUUGGUUGGGAAAUGCUUCCAUUGGUAUCGGACAUAGGGACAACACUGAAUUCACCUCUAUUCAAGUCAAUAUAUCCGAACUCAAAUCUGAUCUCAAUUCUUCUCUGAAGGACUUCGGUAGCCUGCAUAUGGACGCCACUGAGAAUCCCAUCAGUUUCACUGCUAGCUUCUGUGUUUCUCAUCUUCCCGAAAACUACUUUCCCGGUCGUUUUGCAAUCACACCGGCAAGACUUAUGUGCCUCACCGCUCCAUUUACCGCAUUGGUUUUCACAGCAAAUCAACCACACAUCGCCCUUGCUGGCGGGCGGUAUCCAAAGGGACUUCCCCACGACUCCCCUCUUCGUUACUCGCCCAAAGUUGAUCUUCCUGAACUUCCUCACGAUAAUUGUAACAAACCAUUUGGAGUUCGAGAUUACAGAAGGAUAAACGUCAUACCAUACCCCAACAUUAAGAUGCAAGAAUACGAGACGCACAAACUUCGAGACACAGUGUUCGACGAUGAUUCUCUGCUCGUCUGGGGGUCAAUGAGAAACAAACGUGAAUUCGAAAUGAGGCAUGCGAUGUUAUUAAAGUAUCAAGAUGGAAAGUAGAAUGUUCCCCAGUACAAAGAUGCCAAAUCAUGGGUUAGAAAGUUUGCGUGGCAGGACAAAAAGGGUAAUUGGCAUUUUCCCAGACGGAGACUUGUUGAGCGUCUUCUUGAGAUUAUGGAGAAGGAAGAUACAGGGUUGAACCAGUUGAAAGAGGAUGUUGAGUCUUAUAGCUGUGGGAACAAGUUCAGAGGAUACAAGACCUGUAAAUACGUGACUUGGACACAUGAGAGGCAACUGAUUCGUUUCCGGGAUAGCAUUUCUGGAGGAUCAAGGAAGGAUUCAUAG